GAAUUAAUUAACUAAGUAUUUAUUAUGCAGCAAGGACUACACGCGAUUGUUUAAAUGGUAGUAGUCACGGGAAGGAAUUUUACCGAAUCGAUUCCAGUCGACGUUUAGAGCAUGUUGAUAGCGAAAUUUAAAGUUGUGAGCGCAGGAAUUAUUAGUUAAUGGUUUUAAAAGUUGACAAGUGCGGACAUCAGGUAGAUUUUUAAACGAAAGUAAAAGUGAUACUGCUAAACCAGUUUAUUAACAUUUAAAAAAAUAUAUCAAAAUGAAUCUCAGUUGCGGUUCAAGGACUAUAAAAUACCUAAUUUUUACUUUCAAUUUUUUUUUCGUGAUAACUGGUAUAAUUUUAAUUGCAGUUGGAGCUAGUAUACAUACCUACUAUACAAAAUAUGAUUUUUUCCUUAACAGCGAAUAUUUUUCAUUACCAAAUAUGUUAAUUGCUACUGGAACAUUUAUCUUUCUUAUAUGCUUUUUGGGAUGCUACGGAGCAAUUAAGAACAGUUGGAUCAUGCUAAUGGCAUUUUCAUUACUGUUGGGUAUUAUAUUCAUUUUUGAAUUUUCCGCUGGAAUUGCUGGUUACGUAUUAAGAGACAAAACAGAAAAAUAUUUGACAGAUUCGCUAACCACAGCGAUGGAUAAAUAUAACAGUUCGUCAUCAACUGCUACCAUGUGGGAUCUCGUUCAAACAACCUUCACAUGCUGUGGAGUUAACAGUUAUAAAGACUGGGAGCCAGUUAUGAAAAAUACCGAUUUACCCAUAUCUUGCUGUCCUACGAAGGCGGGUACAUCUGGUUCAUUCUAUUGCAACGCUGUUACUCCUACUAUUAGUACAUCAUCUUCUGAGACAACUAGUAGUACCCCUUCUACCAAUUCUACCCCUACUACUACUAUCAAAACCACACCCUCUACCACUUCUAGUACUGUUGUCACCAACGAAAUGAGUGUACCAACUCCAUCAACUACUUCUGUACCUACUGCUUCUACCGCAAAACCCUCCUCUAUUACUCCUACUGUUCAAAGUACAACUACCAAUGAGACUAGCGCACAACAUCCCAAUCCAACUUCAUCUAGAAGAAAACGACGAGAUGUUUCACAACCAGCCACCACCACAUCUCCCUACAAUAUUGGAUGUGAGACGGCAUUUGGAAAAUGGGUUAAAGCUCAUGCUGUAGACAUCGGAGCAGUGUGUUUCACAUUAGCAGUGUUACAACUCAUCGGAAUUGGAUUCUCCUGUCAUUUGUCCAAACAACUGAAGAAUUCAUAUUAUAGUACAUAAAGUAGUUAUCAAAUCACUAAUUAUGUUAUUUUCUAAGAAUUAUUGUUAUUUUUGUAAUUUUUUUUCCGUAUUUUUAUUUUUAAGUAUAGAUAUUUUAUUUCAAUAUUUCAAGAGGAACGAAUAAAACAGAUUAUUUUGAUGUACCGAAUGUAAGAUUUUUGAUUUUGUACUUAAAUUUUUUGGUAAAGAAAAAUCAUAAUUUUGGUAUUAAAAAUUGAAGCACAAUUAAAUUUUUCACAAUAUUUAGUGUUGAUCCUGUAAUUGGCACUUAUUUUUAAUUAGUCCACUUUAGAAUAAGUUCAAUAAUUGUUAAAAUAUAUUGUAAAGUAUUUAAAAAUAAAAGUUGGAAAGAAAUGUAUACCAGAACGUUAUUGUUAUGAAUUGCAGUAUUUUUUAAAUAAAUAACCAUACAUGGUGA